AUGGCCUACAACUACUACAGAAAUGCGCUUCCUGGCUGGGGGACAUCUCAGUUCGGCGCCCCGCCGCCCCCCACCUUCCAACCCCAGCCUGGCUGGGGAGGCAUGGACUACUACCGCGCCCAUGCAGUCUCUCCAGACCCAUCACUCUAUGAUCAUGCCUGGGGACGAGUGAGAAAUUACCAGCCCGGCAUGCACGGACUAGGCGUCGGGUUGAACGAGGCUAGACACUGGCAUCGCCGAGCGUAUGGCGGCUUGGGUGAACUUACUACCAUGAGACCGACAGAGAUUGGACAUGCUGCCGCCUAUGAAGCCUAUCGUACUUGGAUUCACAACAGCUCAAUAUACGAGCCACUGAGUGGGGAUUUGGAAAGGCAGCGUGAAGGCCUGAUAGGCCUCGCAAUCGCUGAAGCUGCGCGUUUAUUGCAGUAUACGCAAUCCCCUUACGAUACUUACGCUAGGACGGAAGCGUCAGAUGCCGCUGCCGCAACCGCAUCGAUCAUCUUCUACCAGUCUCGCGAGGAUGGCCAAGACGAAUAUCGUUCUAGACCUCGCUCCCGCGCUGGCUCGUUCACUGGUGGUUCUGGCUAUGCAUCAUCUAUUGGCGGUGAUCCGUACGCUCUGGAUGAUCCACUACUGUCCUCACGAAGAUACCGCUCUCGUUCUCGCCAUCGUUCCUUGUCCCGUGGCCGUGGCUCUCCAACCAUCAUAAACCUUCCUCCCCAGAUGCCCCCUGGCGGGAUGCCUUACGGUCAGGCAGGCUCUGCCUACGGUAUGCCACCUCCUGUUGGUGGAUAUCCUCCAAUGGGUGGAGGGUAUCCUGGCAGUGCAGGAUCCUAUGGGUCCUUCGGCUCGCCAUAUGGUUCAUCCUUCCCUCCAGAAAAUGCUGCCAUGCAACCUGGCGUUGGCGGGUUUGCUGGUGGCGCUCCAGGAUAUGGGCCUAGUUACGCAGGUAGCGCCUUUGGCGGUAGUGCGUACGGCGCGGGUAUGCCCAUGAUGAACCCAUCCGCGUCGAUGGGCUAUGGUCAGCAGCCGUAUAUGAUGCAGCAACCUAUGAUGGGUGGUAUGCCACCAGCUGCUGGCCCUACUACCGUGAUUCUCCAAUCCAGCAGGCGUAAACAUAGGCACCGCCAUCGAAGAAGUUCCGAUGGAUAUGCCUCCGAUUGA